CACCCACCUGCCUAUCUGGUCUGUCCUGCAGCUCAGUCUUUCCCACAGGGAGAGCCACUCCAUCGGAAAGUGGCUGUGCGCCUGCAUCCCAGGGGUCAGGGCUGAUGAUGGAGAGAAUCUCAGAGGCCCAGAAGACCAUGCUGCACCUGAAAGCCCAGCCUGAAGACCUAAAGGACCUGUCCUAACAGAGCCUUGGCAGCUGCCGGGUGAUUUCCGACUUUGGCCCUGCUCCGUGUAAGCAGCCCUCGACAUGAGGCAGAGUCUCCGCUGGACCUUCCUGUGUCUGACUCUCUUCACUGGCAGGAUGUGCAUCCGGGAGAAUCAGUUUCACGUCGAGGCCAGCAGAAGUGACAAGCUGUCCCUGCCUGGCUUUGAGAAUCUCACAGCAGGAUAUAACAAGUUUCUCAGGCCCAAUUUUGGCGGAGAACCUGUUCAGAUAGCACUGACCCUGGACAUUGCAAGUAUUUCUAGUAUUUCAGAGAGUAACAUGGACUACACGGCCACCAUAUACCUCAGACAGCGCUGGACGGAUCAGCGGCUAGUGUUUGAAGGCAACAAGAGCUUCACUUUGGAUGCACGCCUGGUGGAGUUCCUCUGGGUGCCGGACACUUACAUCGUGGAGUCCAAAAAGUCCUUCCUCCACGAAGUCACCGUGGGAAACAGGCUGAUCCGCCUCUUCUCCAAUGGCACAGUCCUGUAUGCUCUCAGAAUCACAACAACCGUUGCAUGUAACAUGGACCUGUCUAAAUACCCCAUGGACACACAGACAUGCAAGCUGCAACUAGAAAGCUGGGGCUAUGAUGGCAACGACGUGGAGUUCAGCUGGCUGAGAGGGAACGACUCUGUGCGUGGGCUGGAAAACCUGCGGCUUGCUCAGUACACCAUUCAACAAUAUUUCACCUUAGUUACCAGAUCGCAGCAGGAAACAGGAAAUUAUACACGAUUGGUCUUACAAUUUGAACUUCAGAGGAAUGUCCUAUAUUUCAUUUUGGAAACCUAUGUUCCUUCCACUUUCCUGGUGGUAUUAUCCUGGGUUUCAUUUUGGAUCUCCCUUGAUUCAGUUCCUGCAAGAACCUGCAUUGGAGUGACCACCGUAUUGUCGAUGACCACACUGAUGAUUGGGUCCCGCACUUCUCUUCCUAACACCAACUGCUUCAUAAAGGCCAUUGAUGUGUACCUGGGAAUCUGCUUUAGCUUCGUGUUUGGGGCCCUCCUGGAAUAUGCCGUUGCCCACUACAGCUCCUUACAGCAGAUGGCAGCCAAAGAUAGGGGGAAGGCGAAGGAAGUGGAAGAAGUUAACAUUACUAACAUCAUCAACAGCUCCAUCUCCAGCUUUAAAAGGAAGAUCAGCUUUGCCAGCAUUGAAAUUUCUGGUGACAACGUUGACUACAGUGACCUGACAAUGAAAACCAGUGACAAGUUCAAGUUUGUCUUCCGAGAUAAAAUGGGCAGGAUUGUGGAUUACUUCACAAUUCAAAACCCAAGUAAUGUUGAUCGAUAUUCCAAACUACUCUUUCCUUUGGUUUUUAUGCUAGCCAAUGUAUUUUACUGGGCAUACUAUAUGUAUUUUUGAAAGUAUGGUGAAUUGUUUGCAUGCCAUAGGUCUUCAGCAGAAUAAGGUAAUGAUGUAAACGAUAUUCUAAGCCAAAUGUGCACCCUAACCCAGUGGUGCUACGAGUGACUAAAAUAACAUUUGAGCAUUUCUCCGCAAAGAAUGGACCCUCAAGGAUUAUUUACAUGUGUAGAAGUCCUAGCAUUACAGAGUCUUGUAAUAGAAAUAUCAACCUAUUCCUUUUCAUCCUUAUGAAAGACAUCUCCUUGGAGCCCAAGAUUACAAACUUAUCAGGCCUACUGCCCAGUGCUCCCUGGUCUGCAUUUAUCUCAUAUAAAAAACAAGAAAGAGGCCAUUACAUGUAUUGAGUCAAGUGUCAGAGGUUGUUUCUGAAUUAAUCAUACACACUAUUUACCAAAUCUCUACCAUGCUUAUAAAAUAUAUUGUUGCCUAUUUAGGGGGAUAACAUUUUCCAGCUUUUGGUUUUUUUUGUCUUUUUUUUUUGUUUUGAUUAAAAUGAAAUGCAGGCUUAAGUCCAUUCACUGGAAGUCACUGCAUUAAAUACCAAGAUGAGUUUUUCAUAUAGUAUUUAAUGCCACAGCAGAACUGUCCCCAUAUUCCAACAAGUCCUACCACUGAAAAACAAAUGUAAGUGAAGAAAAAUUUAGUGGGGCAGUAAUUUCAAACAUAAAUCUCUUGUUUCUAAGAUAGAAUAGAUUCCCCAAGCUCUGGAAAUUUUUCCCCCCAUUUGACAUGUCUCAUUCUUUUACUAUUAUAUGCUAGCCAGUCCUAAACAAUGCUAAAGCCCUUUCUCCACAUCAUGGGAAGAAAUAGAGAAACAUCUUUUUACUUAUGCUAAGAAUCUUAAUAUGGACAGUUGCCAGGAAGCCUUGCAGAAUCAAGUCCAAUUCUAUUUGCUACUCUGACACCAAGGAACACUUUGCCAGCAGCAGAUCCUCACAUCCUUCCAAGAGGCACUUUUAUGCCUAGGCUGCCAUGAUCAGGAAUGAUCUUACUAGAUAAUGAACUGCAUUACUCAGAAACAAGUGACUUAUCACAAGUCAACUUGGCCUUUCUCAGAUCCAUGAUCUUUCCAGCUGGACUACUUUGAGUGGCUUAUCCUGCAUGAGUAGAAUAUUGGUCCUGGGUCCUGAGCUUUCUGAGUAAUAGUGGGACUUGUUAUAGAACCUACAUCUGGCUACAGGUGAGCCAUCUUCCAAGUCCAGCCGCCUUCACCCUAAUGUAAGAAGCACCUUAUGUGCAUCCCUGACUCUUGGCCGAGCUCAGCCAACAGUACCAUAAAUGGUGGCUGGUGAGUGUGCCAUGACAAAGGCUUUUGGUUCAGGCUCAGUGUUUUCAAAGAAUCUUGACCGUAUUUAAUUUUUUAGCUUCCUUUCAUAAUACGUGUAUUCAUUUACUCUUCCUUUCAGAAAUAAACCAUAGCUUUGGAGGAUCAUCUCUCUUCUAGAAUCCCCUGUACCCUAGGCUCUCAUCCUUUCCUCCCUUUAUGAUACUUCUCGCAUACAGUUUCCAUGAGUUUGAUCACCUGAGUGUUUAACAAAAUGUUUCUGAUGGGAAUGGGAGAAUUUAAAGAGGUGGAAUAUGACUGUAUGGUUCAACCAUAUUUGUGAUUCUUUUUAAAAAGAUUUAAAAGGAAAUAAAUGCCCUGAAACCCCA